GUGGGGAGAAAGUAGCACAAGAUUGUAAGAAAUGGCGUUAAUGCUGUCAUUAUUCUUAAUCAGGCAGUGGCACACCAUCUACUGCACGGGAUAGUGGUAAAGUAGCUUCAGGAUUUGUGUGGUUUGGGCUGUGAGAUGUCAGCAUCGUCCCCCAUGCUUAGAAAUGAAUGAAAGAGAGAGGUUAGGAUUAAGAUCAGAGAGAGAUGGAAAAUUGAUGCUUGAGAGUUUUAAAGAGCAGGUUUUAGGUCUACCAACUGGUGGUUAGGAGAUAGAACACCUUAACAAUCCACAGCACCAACUCCUAAGAAGCAAUAGCAAGGAACCUCCUCGGCUGCUCUGAAACUUGCAGAUAAAGAGAUAAGAGCACGGUAGGAAGAGGAAUAGAGCGAAAGGUUUGUCAUUUACCAUCGGGCUGAGGGAGAGAGAAGUAUACUCACGUGCAAUAUAGAAUUUUUAGGCAUGCUUAUGAUAUUGUGAGGAGAGAGAGAGAGAGAGCGAGAAGAAAAAACAAAACAAAAAAAAAAGAAAGAAAGGGAUUUGAAGACUUGGGGAUUUUAAUAUUGGCAAUUGGGGAUGCUGAUGAGGGUGGGCGGAGUGUAUUAGAGAGGUAUAAUAUUUGUUUGUAAAGGGAGGGCAGGGACGGGGGAGCUUUGUGUCCUUCGGAUUGAGGUCUUGGGAUCGGUUUGUCUCCGGAUUGGGAGGAUCAUUCUCUGCCGACGGCUGUGAAUUUGUGCUUUCCACGAGGCGCGCGGACCGCAGCAGCAACCGCCGGCCAUCCCCUAUUUCUUUUCCCCUCAUGCCAUGCCCUCUUCUCAGGUUCUAAUGGAGUUUUUGGAGCCAUGGAGGUUUGAUUGUGGGCUUUGGCUUUUAUAGCCAAGGGAAGAAGACAUGCCUACUUUCUAUUCAUUAUCUGAUGAUCAGAGUGGAGCUGCUUCAAAUCAUAUCCCCAACGUACCAGGGAAUGCUCCAUAUUCUGAAUCAUUGGUUCCUGGCACCAUGACAUAUCUUACCUUCUCACAUUCCUCAUUUACAGAUGCAUUAGCUGGCAAUACUCAAACCCAACAGAGCCAUCAUGAGCUUCCUGUUGCCACUACCAUCUUUUCACAAGGAUUUAGUGGGGCAAAUACUGAUAUUCUCACCUCUCGUCUUGGCAACCAUACUUAUAAUACUUGGAAGGAUGGGAGAAAUGAGAUGUUAUUUAUGCAGACAGUUGAUGGCUCUAUAAAUGGCUCAGAUGAUCUACUUAAUGCUGAGGAUCCUCAGAUGCGUAUGCGGACACAGUUGGGCAUCCUACACGGGCAGAGCUUGUCUUUGCAACAGUCAAAUGUAGCAUUGGUGCAAAAUCAGGGCUUAUCACUUAGCCUUAGCACACAAAUGCCAGUUCCUUCAAUUCAGUACCAGCUAGCUAGCUCGGAUCUCUCUCAUAUAGGUUCUAAUCAGUCAGCUUCUGGAAAUGUUACUUUAAGCCAGGAAACGUUUCAAAACAAACAUAUGCAUGGUAGUUCCUUGUCCUAUGAGCACCCAGUUCUUACAACAAUGAUCCCAAAUUCCAAAUAUCUCAAGGCAGCACAACAAUUACUUGAUGAAGUUGUUAAUGUUGAGAAGGCUUUAAAGAAAACAGACAAAAGCCAAGGUGGCCAUACUUCUAAUCCCACUGCAGCUAAGGAUGCUGGUGGGGGAUUGAAGACUGAAGGGAAGACAUCAAACUCUCAAGAAGCUGCCACUACUUCCUCUUGCGAGCUUUCACCUUCUGAAAAACAGGACCUUCAGAACAAGGUCACAAUGUUAUUAGGGAUGCUGGAUGAGGUUGACAGAAGAUAUAAACAAUAUUACCAUCAGAUGCAGAUAAUAGUGUCUUACUUUGACACUAUAGCUGGUUGUGGAGCUGCCAAGCCAUACACUUCACUUGCCCUUUUGACAAUUUCUCGUCGUUUUCGCUGCUUGAGAGAUGCCAUCAGUGGCCAAGUUCAACUUGUAAAGAAAAGCCUUGGAGAAGCAGAUAACUCAAGUGGUAUGAGUGGUGGGUUAUCUCGACUUCGCCACAUAGAUCAGCAGUUGAGGCAACAGAGAGCGAUGCAGCAAUUUGGCAUGAUGCAACCACAUGCCUGGAGACCACAAAGGGGUUUGCCUGAGUCGUCUGUCUCAAUUCUUCGUGCUUGGUUAUUUGAGCACUUCCUUCACCCUUACCCGAAGGAUUCUGAGAAGCUAAUGCUUGCAAGACAGACAGGCUUGUCAAGAAGUCAGGUUUCAAACUGGUUCAUCAAUGCACGAGUUCGCCUUUGGAAGCCCAUGAUUGAAGACAUGUACAAAGAAGAGUUUGGUGACAUCGAGAUUGACUCGAACUCUUCUUCUGAAAAUCCCACGAAACGAAAAGAAGAUGUUCAAUCCUCCGAGGACCAUGAGGAACUACAAAAUGCAGCUGCUUCAAGAUGCCAAACAAGCCAGAUAAGUGAACCUUGUAUUAUUCCAGCCAUUGAGAUGGCAGGGUCAGCUGCUGCUUUUCAAAAUGAAUCAACUAUCCAAGUCUCGAAUAUGAAUUUAAAGAUCAGCAAUCAAAGGCCAGUUGGAGAAGAUUCCAACUUUUUACAAGAUGCUCUUAACAGCGCAGACCGAAGUGAGAGGUUUUUCGCAUAUCAGAUGGCUGAGUUAAGUCAGUACGGAAACAGUGGGGUGUCUCUCACACUGGGUCUUCAGCAGUGUGAUUUAGGCCUUCCUAUGGCAGACAACCAUCAAACCUUUCUUGCAGUGACAGGAAACGAUGUAUAUGAUGCCACUCCAGCUGGACCAGAAACAGCUGACUAUGAAUAUGCAAAUGUAGGGGAUCGGCAGCAAAGAUUUGGAUCGACACAUUUGCUACAUGAUUUUGUCUCUUAGAUUCAUUUACAUAUGGUAUGACUCUAUUUGAAACUCUGAACCAGAAUAAUUUGUUCUAAGAUGCAAUUUUACAGGAGAAACUAAGUUGAUCAUAGUAUACAAUGUAACAUAAAGAAGUGGGGACUUGGUAAAAUUAUAGGGCAGUUUGUUGUAAAGAAAGAAGCAUAUUUUUAUGAGUCGAAGGGGAAAACAUGUAAAGAAUUACCAAUUGUGUUGUAUAAUACUUCUCGACUCAUGGAUGUCUGGGAGGGCUUGAAACUGUUCUCGUGUAUUGUAAAUGACAUUAUUUUUUUGCUGUAUAACUUUACACAAUUUAAUCAGUCCAAAUGUAUUUUGUAA